AUGGGGAAAAAACCAAAAAAACAGUCAUUGACUAAUACAACACCCGACCAUAGCGCCAUAAGGGAGGUGGAUACGACUGGUCUCAAAUAUUUCAAUCAAUUUCCUCUGUCAAAACCAAUUCUGAACGCACUCAAAACCAAUGGAUUUACCCGACCUACGGAAAUACAGAAACUCACCCUUAAGCAUGCCCUAUUGGGUAACGACAUUGUGGUCGAGGCCGCUACCGGUAGUGGGAAAACCCUUGGGUUUCUCAUACCAAUGCUUGAGCGAUUGCUCGCAGCUCAUGUUACAAGGUUUGACGGCCCGGUUGCAGUCAUUCUGACGCCCACACGAGAACUGGCGCGGCAAAUAUGUUUGGUCCUUCAACGGCUUUGCUCCAAUCUCAAGUUCACAAUUUUGAAUAUUAUGGGUGGAAAAAACAGCGAAUCAAAACGUCUUGAAUGGAAUACAGUUGCCGGUGCUAAUAUUCUCAUCGGUACCCCAGGUCGAUUUGCCCAACAUAUGACAGAAAAUGCCCUCAUGGAUAUGUCUAAUUUACGAAUAUUGAUCCUGGACGAGGCUGAUCGGUUAUUAGAUGCCACUUUCCGUGGAGACAUGGAUUCCAUUAUGACGAACCUCCCCCCUGAACGACAGACAUUACUAUUUUCUGCCACACAAAACAAUACAGUGGAACAGUUAGCUCGACUUCAUAUGCGAGACCCGAUAGUGCUAACCACGAAGCAAUUGUCCACCGGACAUAUGCCUGCGAAAUUUCCCGAUUCCCGUGUUGGUCAUCCUGUCUCAAGUCGUGCCCCCGCCCUUCUUGCUGAGAAGCCUGAGCUGGCCGCAGCCGCACGGUAUGCCUUCAGUGCUUAUUUAAGUGACUAUUGUUUGGGUGCCGGCGCCCCGGGUAAACAAAAAGUCGGCGUGGCCAGUUUGUUUGAUCCUUCGGCCUUACCAUUAGCUGCUUUCGCCGGAUCACUGGGUACGUUCCCGGAACUCCUCAUCAAUUAUUAUUAUAUAUCAGAACAAAUUGAUGGCUUGUUUACAUCAGUGUCCCCUCAAUAUGCAUUUCAAGCGAUCAACUGGUGUUCGAUCCACAUGUUGUAUUGUAUUGUUUAUAAUUUUUUCAAGCACUUGAGCUCACAGUUCUGUUUAAAAAAUCAUACACGCCAACUGUCGUGA